CUUACAUCUAUUGUCUAAACUUGGAGCAGGCAUAUUUUUACUCCUCCGUGACACUAUAUAAAGGAACAAUUGGCAUUGUGUAUGCUGGCUGGCUAGUUGGCAGAGAAGGGGCAGAAGGAACAGCAACACCAUGUCUCCAAAAAAGGCAAAGAAGAAGACAGAAGGAGGUGGUUCCAAUGUAUUCUCCAUGUUUGAUCAAACCCAGAUUCAGGAGUUUAAAGAGGCUUUUACCAUCAUGGAUCAGAAUAGAGAUGGCUUCAUUGACAAAGCAGACCUGAGAGAUACAUUUGCUGCAUUGGGUCGCUUGAAUGUCAAGAAUGAAGAGCUAGAAGCCAUGGUGCAGGAAGCUCCAGGUGCCAUUAACUUCACCAUUUUCCUGACUAUGUUUGGUGAAAAACUGAAAGGCACGGACCCAGAAGAGACCAUUCUGAAUGCUUUUAAGAUUUUCGACCCAGAAGGAAAAGGCCACAUAAAGGCAGACUACAUCAAAGAAAUGCUUAUGACACAAGCAGACCGAUUCAGUCAAGAAGAGGUCAGCCAGAUGUUUGCUGCUUUCCCUCCAGAUGUCUCCGGUAAUCUUGACUAUAAGAACCUUUGUUAUGUUAUCACCCAUGGUGAGGAGAAGGACUAAGAGGGGAUGAGCUUCUCCUCUGAAGAGAUCUUAUGCUGAGUUAUUUCCCUGUGUUUUUGUAUGGGGGACAGAGAGCUAAGCAUUCAACGUGCUGAAGCCAUAUGCUCAUCAGAACAGAACCAAUAAAACAAUUGAAAUUA